CUCUCCUCUUCGCGCAGAUGUCGCUGAUAGAGAUAAAGGCAUGGCUGCCCUCAUGCGUACGCUAUCUUGAUCACGAUGCACGCGUCUCCGAUCUUUCCUGAUUUUAUCCUGCUUUACUUGGAGGACCAGAGGCUAGCGAUCUAAUUGCAAUGAAUAAGGGAAAAUUGGGACUAGGCCGAUCCGGUCCUGGGCAUGCCGGAGAUGGAGCUGAUUUUGUUAAGGAAGUGGAGGUCGCAAUGCGAAACCUAGAACAGCAGGAACUAAAGGGAUUCAUAGACGAUGCAGCUGCUGAUAAUUAUGCUCAGCUCCUUUGCUGUUACCUGUACACAUACGAUCUGUGCAAUGCAAAAAUGCUGUGGAAACGAAUUCCUCAGAGGUUAAAAGUUGGAGAACUAGCAGCAAUAUGGAAGUUGGGAACCUUCCUGUGGAAAAAGGAUUACAUUGGCUUCUAUGCUGCAGCAAGGGGAACUGAAUGGAGCGAUCCAGUUAAAGAUAUCCUGAAGCGACUGAUUGGUUUGGUACAAAACCACUGCGUGGAUCUGGUGAGGGAGGCCUACUCCUCUGCAGACGUGCAGGAUGUCUCGGCUGUGGUCGGCGGCCAGGAGUUCAUCCCCAAGGACUGGAUCGUCGAGGGGGAUCUGGUGUAUCCGACCAAACCGACUCCUCCCGAGCAGAUACGCAUAGCUCCAAGAGGAGAUGAACUCGCACAGGGAACAUCAUGGUUCCCAUGGUAUUCUAUAUUGAAUGAAAGCAUGAAUCUAAGAAGCAGCAUCUCCUGUGCCCGGCGCCACUUCCACGUCUCCCUGCCGUAUGCAUCGGCCACCAAGGACUGGGUGGGCCCACGCGACCCCGUGUCCAACAUCCGCCCGCUCAAGCUUCCGUCGCACCCCCAGGACUCCAAGAAGGAACUCGAGGACCUCCAGCAGUGGCACCAGGAGUUCUGGACCACACAGAACAAGCUCUACGCCAAAGAGAAGGAGGAAUGGCUGGCCAGGGGUGGUGACCUCUCAGAGUUUCACAAGAAUUUCUUGGACGUUCACCGGAGGACCCACAUCGAAUACACCAAGGAAUGGUACAAGAGGAACACCCGCGGCCUGUGGACGCAGCUCAAGACCGUGCUCUCCCGGAUGCUCCGGACCUGACGCGGCGAGAGGGAGCGAGACGGUGCGUGCCGAAGAACAGGGGAUAUAUUCUGAGAUAAAUGGUAAAAAA